AUGGCACCUACCAUCUCUCCCUCGGGUGCCUCAGGCCAGCAUUUGAACGCGAUCAUUUCUCGAUCACUAUCCUCCUCCGUCAAGACUCUAUCUUCACGGGCCACAUCCUCCAAGAAGACACCCCUCGCAUCAUUAUUCGCCCUGAUCAUCCGAGGCACGAUCAACCUGUCUAAACGAACACUCACAGACGCCGUCCUCACACCACACUCUUCCGUCUCCCAAGCCAUCCAUCCCGUCCUGAUCCCUGCCUCGCCGCUCUCGAAACGCCAGAAUGCCAUCCUCGCCAUCCCCACAACAUACGCCGGCCUCAACAGCGGCCCUGCGCCUGGUGCGCUGGUUGGGAUCGUUCUCGGCUCGAUCGCCGGGUUCAUUCUGAUUCUGUACAUCUUCCUCUCGGCAUUUCGACUAUCCGGGUACGGUAGCAACCGAGAGACGGUGGUCGAGGAGGACGUUGUGCGCCACCGUCGACGGUCGCCGCGGCGGAGUCGCAGUCGCAGCAGAGCCAUGACGGAAGCGAGCGGUCCGCGACGGGAACGGGUCGUGGAAGAAAGGGUCGUGGUGGAGGAGGAUGUCGCGCCUAGCGCCGAGGAGGAUAUUGUUGAAGUCAUCGAGGAGCAUUCCCCGGAACGGCCGGCGCGGAAACCGAGUGGUCGGAGUGGCUAUCGGACCGUCGACCCGGCCGAGUUUGGAGGUGGGAAUCGUCCGAUGAGGAAGGUUUCCAGACGAUGA